CUAAAGUUUAAAAAUGAACACUGAAAUUUGUAUAUACUGCUCAACCUUGGAACUCAAAAUGGUAGUUGCUGACCCUCAUGGAGCAUGCAUCCGCUGACACAUUUAUGGCCAAUCUCCAUGUUAGAUGUAGGAGAACUUUUAAACAUCUUUGAACAAGUAGGAUUAUUCAAGAUCAAAAUUUUAUGUUUAUAUCUAUUUCAUUUUCCCAACUUGGCAGGAACACCUGGUGACUGGAGUCACAUUAUUAAGCAAAUUGGAAUGUUCACUUUCACUGGACUGAACUCUGAGCAAGUUGCCUUUAUGACUAAAGAGUAUCACAUCUACAUGACAUCUGAUGGGAGGAUUAGCACGGCAGGUUUGAGCUCGAAGACCGUCCCUCAUUUAGCAGAUGCAAUACAUGCAGCUGUUACUCGUGCUGCAUAGAACCAAAAAUCUGGUACUGCAUAUUUAGUAGACCACUGUCUGGCACGUCAAAUUGGUGGAUUUGCCAUGCCUUCUGUUUUUGCUGUUGUGGCAUAAUAAUUAUAGCCCCUGCAUGUAGAAGGCGAAAACAAAAUGCUUCUUUCAAAUAAGUUUUCCUGGGGCAAAUUAAUUACAGUUGCAGUCAUUUUGUAUUUAUAAAUUUUACGUGAAAUGUAUGUUAAAAUGUCAUUCCUUCUGAUUCCCAUCUUUUUUUUAUUUAUCAGCGUCUCUCACAGAUCUGUUGCUUGGAUAAUGAAUUUCAUUUUAUUUACCUACAAGGUUAUUUUCGGACUUCAA